GAGGGGCGGGGCGCGGCGGGCUGGCUGGCUCAGUCGCCUCAAGUUGGCCGGGCAGGAGGGAGGCCGGCGGGGCAGGAGCCAUGGAGAAGCCGCGGCGGCUGGUGGUGGUGACGGGGUUUGGCCCGUUCGGGGAGCAUUCGGUCAAUGCCAGCUGGAUCGCGGUUCAGGAGCUGGAGAAGCUGGGCCUCGGAGACGACGUCGACCUCCACGUCUGCGAAAUCCCAGUGGAAUACCAGGCCGUGGAGCGGCUCAUCCCUGCCUUGUGGAAGAAGCACAGCCCGCAAGUGACUGGUGGUCCACGUGGGCCUGUCUGGCAUGGCCACCACGGUGACGCUGGAAAAGUGCGGCCACAACAUCGGCUACCGCGGCCUGGACAACUGCCGCUUCUGCCCGGGCUCCCAGUGCUGCAUCGAGGGGGGGCCCGAGUGCAUCGACUCCGUCAUCGACAUGGACGCCGUCUGCAAGAGGGUCUCCACCCUGGGGCUGGACGUGGCCGUGACGAUAUCGAAGGAUGCCGGCAGGUAGGCGGGGCAGACUCCCGGCUGGCGACAGAAGGAAGCCCCCCUGGCUCAGUGGUACCUCUGCGACUUCACCUACUACACCUCGCUGUACCACAGCCACGGCCGCUCGGCCUUCGUCCACGUUCCCCCGCUGGGGAGGCCCUACAGCGCCGAUCAGCUGGGGCGAGCCCUGCAGGCCAUCAUCGCAGCGAUGCUCAGCGACUUGAAACACUCAGACAGCAACAUCAAUUGCCACAACGAGCACUGAGGCACGAGCCCCGCGUCCCGCCUGCUCCCUCGCUGUUGCACUUCUGGAAAAGAAACUUUUCUCACAGUACCUUGGGGGCGGGGGGGCGGGCUUUCCUUCCUGAUUUUGAGCCGCAGGGCCCUCUCUGUAUCCGGUGAUCAGCGCUAACUCCCCAAGAAACGAUUUUGCACCCUCUUUCAAUUCUCCAGGUCCCCCCUUUCCAGACACAACUGGAGCAGUUUUUAUUUUUGGAUUGCCGCGGAGGAGUCAAGGCUUUUUUUUUUUAAUUGUGCGUCUAGGAUUUCGGAAGGGGGGGGAGCUUAUGCCUCCUGCAAUAUCCAAGAAUCCAAGCCCCAAUUUGUAUGAAAAUUUUUGCCUCCUGUCUCGACUUGGGCUUUUCAAAAAGGGUGCAUACAAAAACGUUGUAGCUUAAAGCAGAGGGCAGCGGAACGAACUCCUGCCCGGGGGAAUUUUCUAACCCCUCGUCCAGGGGGUCAGAGCUUUCCACUCUGCCAGCCCCCCAAACGCCUCUGAUGGGGCAGGAAAGGGGGUGGGGUGGAAAGAGGCCUCCUUUGCUCUGACCUAGGUUUUUUUUGGGGGGGGGUUGUUGGAGCAGAUGACUCUUGGGGUCCCCUCCCAUUAUUAUUUUUUUAAAGAACGAACGGACCUCUUUGCAUUACUGCCUUUUUCAAACCUGGCAACUACAUACCUCUGCAUCCGAAGCGCACACCUUCUCUUCGGCUGGGUCUUGCUCCAGGAACUGGGGGCUGCCUUCUCCCCCCCCCAACACCCACCUGAGCCCUCUUUUCCAGUGCCUCAAAAGCUAGAUGCUGCUCAGACUCCACCCCCCCCAAACACCACUUUGUACCUUAGAAUCUCAGCGUGGUACUAGAUCCCUUUUCUGAACUUUUUUUGCUGUGUCCUGGGAGGGGCCUCUGGAGUAAAACUGGAAUGGUGCCGCCUCCUUGAUGACACUUCCUAAGAAGAUUUUUUUUGGGGGGGGGGACGACGACAAUGAAGAUGGAGGGGGAGACACCCCUGAGACUCGCCCAGACUCCUUUUCUUGCCUGGCAGAGCCGUUUCUCUGUGGUUGGAGCAGAAGAUCCAACGGCCCCUCUCUGAAAAACAUUCUGGAUUCUGACAAAGGAGGGCUGCUUACUUACAAGUAUUGCAGGAAAAAAAUGUAUAUUUCCUUGUUCGAACAUGGCAGGAUGAGGGCGCCACGCUCAGCAGAGAGCUCAAAGAGUCUCGUUUUCAAAACCAGCGCACCAACUUCGCUCUAAAAAAGUCACGGGGCGUCGCAGACUUAAAAGGAGACGAACCUGAGUGUUUAAAAAUCCCGAAUGGAGUUGGGUGUCGCAGACUCUCCCGUCAAAAUAGAGCUAAAUGACUACUGUUUUGGCUUAGGAGGAGGAGGAGGAAUAUGUUCAAGUGGAAAUAUGUGGCUCCUUCUCUUCCCACCUCCCCUUUCUCUCUUUUUGUAAAAGAAAAGUUGAUUGCUAUUUGAAUCUCUUAAAAUCUUUAAUUGGUUCUGCUUUCUCUAGUAACUCUCAGUGAGAGUUCCCCAAGGGCCCGUCUGCUUAGCCCAGUGGAAUUGUCUUGGCGAGCGAGAGCCACGGGGUUCGGAUGCCGGAGCGGAGCCGCUUUCUGGCCUCGCAAAUGGGACAAGUGGUGGUGGGCGGCUUUCUGGACUGUGAAGAUCCUUGUAUAUCUGAAGCGUCUUGAGCCCGUAGAGUCUACAAUGGCUCCCGUUUCUGUUUAGUACAGGGAUCUGGGUGGGGGGCGCGAUCUGUGGCCGGCCAAAUGUCGUUGGAGUCCAUCUCCCCUCGUCACUAUUGCCCCUGACAGCUGCCUGUCCAGCUCUCCAGUCUACAUGGUGUGACCAGAAAGUUUGGUGAAGGGUCAGAAAUCGGACAGUGAGAAAUAUUUGAACAUACAUGCCUUACAGGCCUUCAAAGUAGCCCCCUCAUGGUCCAAAUUGUAGCUCAAUGUUCUCUCAAUUGUAGCUCAAUGCCAGUCGGUGUAGAACUGAGCUGGAUGGACCCAGGGAUCCGCCAUGGAGCUUCUUCCUGCCUUCCCCUGAGCCACCAAUUUGGGAGCGCGCUGUUGCCACUUGGGUCCUCCUUUUGGGCUCUCCUGGAGAGAGGAGGCUGGGCUGUGUGGGCCUGAUCCGGCGUGCUCUUCUUAGUUUCCUUGUGGAACCUCCAUAGACAGAGCCAGCUUCCCUUAGGACAGUGGAGAACAAGAGCAGAAGGUGGCUGCUGCGCUCUCCUCGCGAGGACAGGGUGCUGGGCCUAAUCCAGCAGUUUAUGACUGUCCUCCCACAAACACUGCAGUCCUCCUCCUCUCUGGCCUGCGCAGUGUGCUUUUUCCUGUGUCUGCCCACUUUAGUCCUGUGGGCUCUGGGUUUCCCAGAGAAUUUCCAAUCCGCCAUCUGUCUCCCUUUUCCCAGUGCCCUAAAUCACCCCCUUCAACCUUGAGAGUGCCAGAUAUUCAGGAAUCCCACCUCCCAUCAUCACCAGUCAAUUGAUCAACCCGUCUCCUUUAGUGGAAUAUGCCUACGAUUGUUCAGUAGAAAGGAAACCCUGGAGAAGUCGGUGUCAUUUAAUCUUGCUUUCAAGCAUGGGGUUUAAAUAUUUCUGGUGGACUUUUGCAGUAAAACAAGACAUGUGCAAUGGGUUUUGAUCUGUUUCAUAGCAUAUUCCAGCUGGCAAUUUUGCAGAGGGCAUUUCUUGUAAGGGAAAAAGCUCUCGCUCCUGAAAGUCCCACCAUUUCAUUCUGUUCCUUCCAUUUCUGGGCCGCUUUUCACUCACGCAAGUCACAAAGUGACUUGCAAACAAGAACAGAACAUCACGACGACAGCGUAAAUCACAUAGAAUAAUUACCAAUCGUCAGUAAAACAACUAUUUUCUGUAAAGCACUAUUAACAAAACAACAAUAAAAAUUAAGCCGAACAGCAGCUACACGCUUCCUGUUCUGGCUGAGAGCUGAGGAUCCAAAAUGCAGUGCUGGGAAUGUCUCCCUUUUGCAAACCCUGGAGAACGGCUGCCCGUCAGUCAGAAGCGAUGAGCCUGACUUCUACAGACGCCUUCCUCUGUUAUUAUGAAGUUGCUUCUGUUUUUCCAUCUCAGGAAUCCCACAAAAGCUCCACACUGCCCCCGCCUCACUUUUACAUUGCUAGCUAGAAUAUGUAAUUUAUUUUAUAAUCUUACAGUUUUCACAAAUAAUUUGAUUUGGGGUGGAGGGGGGAGGGAGAGGGAGGGGCCCACCACUGUUUCUCCGAAGAACCUUCACUUGGGUGCUGAUUUGUUUUUAAAGUUGCAUUAAAAGUCAUUUUUAUUUAAGCCGUUACAGAAUUAAA